GCUGAUGCUGGUGGUGGGCAGCAGGCAGCAGCAGCUGCAGCAGCAGCAGCCCAGCAGGCCUCGUCCUUUGUACCUGGCUCUCUAGCAGGACCGACCAUAGGGCCAUCGUACCUGUGGAACUACAUCAUGCCCACACCAGUGGGCCCCAUGGGUGCUACUGCAGCAGGACCACAGCCACCCCCACUGCUGUACAUGGGUACCAGCCAGUCCAUGGUGGCCCCUCAGCUGGAAAACUUGCUGCGACAGCAACAGCAACACCAACAACAACAACAGCAGCAGCAGGAGAAGCAGCUGCAGCAGCAGCAGCCACCACAGCCACAGCCUACUGAACCUGGCAAGGUGGCCAGCACUCCUGCUGACCUUUACCAGGGGGGUCCAUCACCAGCAAUAGCACCUCCAUCACAGCCAACUUGGAUGCCUCAGCAGCGUGCGGAAGUCAACGGCUGCCAGAUGGUGCCCCCAGCUGGUACAGCGCAGACAUCAGGAGCUGACUUGCCAACAACACUUACUCACUGUUCAAUUCUCCUUGGCCUUCUGGUCUGCACUACAUGGCCAAAGAAG